ACUCAUGGCAUCGAUUGCAUACUCACAAACUUCCAUAAAAAAUACAGACACGACCGCUCGAUUAGUACACCAUGGAUACGUUGGUCACGGAAUCGACCACGAGGGCCACGACAAAUCUUCAGGCUCGAAAGGCUACCUGUCGAGCUUCGGCGACGUCGUCAGAGACUGCUCGGACCAUUUCAAGAGUGUCUGUGAGAAACAGGAGAACAGGCUGAAGAAAAGGUUCCUCUACGGCUUCUCCAUGGGAGGAACCGUGGUGCUUCAGCUCCACAGGAAGGAUCCUCUCUACUGGGACGGUGCCGUGCUGCUUGCCCCAAUGUGCAAGCCAACAGUAGUGUCGAAGGAGCACAAGAUGAGGUGUGAGCACAAAGUGGCCAGCAAGAAUGGAGUCAUGGAACAUGGGCAGGAGGGGUGCGGCAGCGGCAACCGAUGUAUCCCUUGGACAAUCUGGUUUUGACAUGAUGCAAAUCAAUCUGCUGUACAUUGUAUUCUGCACUUGCACAGAUUGUUUGGCUAAUUACAAGAUUAUCUCAAUGUUUUGGUU